CCGUAAUCCGUAUUCCUUAAAAUGCCAAAAAAACUGAAAAAUUAGAGUUCUUUCCGUUUAAAAUUUUCAAGUAAAAUUAUUACUAAAAUCGGCUUGUUUUCUUCUUCAAAAGCUCCCUUGAAGCAGAGAAUUGUAUAUAGUUCGAUACAUUGAAGUGAAGAAUCGUGCUCUGUAUCGGUAUGAUCUACUAUUGUCUGCAUUCAUCGUGACUGGUAUGAUGCUUGACUCAGUAUGUACUUAUUUGCAGUGAAUUUUUGGCUUUUUGUGGAUUAUUUAGUGAAGUUGAGAUCAUUGAACCGAUUUUUCUCGUUAAGCUGAUGCAUCUCGUUAUCGAUGGCGUCGAUCCGGAGAACUCUCCCGCCAUUUCCCGAGCGGCAUUAUCCGAACGGAGGGAAUUCGUUACCUCUCGACGUUCAUUCGCCAUCUCACAAGCUUCUGUCUAGCGGCAAAAGCUCAUCUCUGUUGUCUGCAUUUGGAUUUGCAGUCGGUAACUUACUCCGUGGGGUGCGGUAUUCGAAGAAAGUUUUUUCAUGGAGGAAAUCGCUUUAUAGGUGUUUGAUUUUCUUCUUUCUAGGAUUUUUAAUAGGCAUAAUACCUUUUGGUGAUCUUGAAGAUGUGAACAGCAGCAAUUAUUCCUCAAUUGAAGUGAAACCUCCCCCAACAAAUGGUGAGAGGGAGUUGAAGGAUACAGUAAUAAUGCCUAGACCUAAAUCCGCCGUUGAUACUUCUCUAGUACAAGUACACAAGAAGAUUGAAGUGCAUGCAAGGUUUGAUGUUAUUCCGCAGAAACAAUUGAUUGUUGUAACUCCUACAUAUCCCAGGGCAAUGCAAACAUAUGAUUUGAGUAGAUUGGGGCACGUUCUGAGGCUCGUGCAGCCGCCAUUGCUAUGGAUUGUGGUUGAGAUGAAUGCGGCUUCAUCAGAGACCGCGGAGAUUUUGAGGGAGACCGGUGUUGUGUAUAGACAUCUUGUGUGCUCCAAGGAAAUGGCAGAUAUAAAGGACCGGGGUGUUCAUCAGAGGAACACUGCAUUGGAGCACAUUGAACGCCAUAGGCUUGAUGGAAUCGUUUACUUUGCAGAUGAUGACAAUAUCUAUUCACUUGAGUUGUUUAAGAACAUUAGGAAUAUCAGUCGUUUUGGCACUUGGCCUGUAGCUAUGCUGGCACAAAGCAAAAACAAAGCAAUACUGGAAGGUCCUAUCUGUAAUGGAAGCCGAGUUAUCGGAUGGCACACAAAUGAGAAGAGUAAACAACUUAGAAGAUUUCAUGUUGAUAUGUCUGGCUUUGCCUUUAAUAGUACUAUGCUAUGGGAUCCAAAAAGAUGGCAUCGGCCUACUGCCAGUCCAAUUCGGCAAUUAGACACUGUGAAAGAAGGUUUUCAGGAGACCACCUUCAUAGAACAACUUGUAGGAGAUGAAAGUCAAAUGGAAGGAGUACCUUCUGGUUGUUCAAGGGUACUGAAUUGGCACCUCCAUUUGGAAGGUCGUAAACUUGUUUACCCAAAAGGCUGGUUGAUUCUAAAGAACCUUCAUGUAACUUUACCUGCCAUGUGAUGGGAUCUGAACCAGAUGCUAAGAAGACCAAGUUGAGGUGCAUGCAACAUCUCAUUUUUGCUUCCACUCUUAUAUAAACCUAUUCCCUUUUUCCAGAGAUAAUUAAAUCUCACUUAUCACCCUAACCUCACACAUAGUAGACUUGAGGGAAUUGAAGGAUUAAAUGAUGAAGCUUUUUCCACAAUAAUUCUUAGAACUGAACAUGCCAAGUGCAUUUGAAAUAUAAAUUUAGCUCUCUUAUUCUCCUUGCUAUCUAUAAAUAUGUCGGUGUGUUUUCA